AUGGCAUCUGCUCGCAGCCUCGAUCAGCCGCCGUCCACCGCGACUGAAUGUCCAGCGAAUGCUACAUCGACACUAUCACCCUGCCCGUCUGCAUCUACCCCGCCCACCGAGAUAUCGACCCCGCGUGACGAAAUGCCCGAAGUUAACGACGAUAUCUUGGGAGGACUGGAAGACGUGGUCGUUCUAGAUUUUAAGGGGCCUCAGUCCCUAAAGAAACAAAUCGACUCCCGACAGAAGGAACUGCAGGCUAGUCGCUCCUGCCAGCAGUUCAUCGUGUGCCGGAACGUUAGGAAGGAGCAAUUGACUAGCAUGGAUCAGCGACGAAGCCUCGAUGCUGACUACAAUUCACGAAGCCGCUCACUUGACCCUAUGGCAGAUUAUUUGGAGGCAGCUUAUCGCGAUGGGGGAUGGAGAGUUGAUAGCACCAUGCGGGGGGGGACCUUCCUAAGCCAAAGCAAAAUAUCGUCUAAGGAAGCCGAUACAGCGUAUAAACCAGUGACACGAAACCAGCAGUCUGACUGGCCUACUAUCGUCCUCGAGUGUGGAUACUCCGAGUCGAUGCGUCGCCUCGCAGUCGACGCACGGUGGUGGCUAGUUAACGCCGGCGGCGACAUAAAGACAAUCCUCCUUAUCUCAAUAAAUAAGGAGAGGCAGGCCCUCCACCUCGAAAGAUGGUACCUUACUCCGCCUCACAACCGGCCCGCAACCCGCAACCCCCGAGUAUGGUCCCGACAAAGACAGGCGAGUACCGUACUAAUCAUUGCAAUCAUAGGUAUUGUGACAGGGGCGCCGCUAUGCCUGAAGUUUGAGGACCUUGUGGAGCGGCCACCCGGCCCAACGGAGAGGGACGUUGUCCUAACUGCUGAUCAGUUGGCCACAUGGGCCAACUUCCUGUGGACCACUUAUCAGUAA